AUGGCUCCCCGGCCCAGGGAAACCCUGCUGAGGCCGCGAGUUGGAGCCGGGUUGUUUCUCUUUUGCCUGGUGGUGGCAGAACGCGACUCCUCCUGGUCUUCCGCAGACAUUGAAGCCUUCGAGGAUUCAGAAGUGCGACUACAGCUCUUGCAGCUGCAGCUUGAUCUCGACAGGGCACCAAAUGACCAGGACCCGAGCAUAGUGGUUGUGCCUCCGCGACCGCACAAAUUCCCUUCCGACGAGACAGCGAGGAUGGAAGAGCAGGCUUUCAUUCCCACAUCUGCCUUCCUCCUUGGUGCCAUGCUGCUGGCGGCGGGGCACCGGACGCCAGGCAUGCUGGCAACCUACUUUGCUGGGCAGUCAAGCUUUGCCCUCUACAUGAAGCUAGUGCUCUCAGAGGAGACGGUGUCAAGGGAGCUAAAUCUACGGGGAAUGCCGGCAGCAUUCCUGGUAACAGCUAUCCAGCAGGUCGUGGCCUUCUUUUCCCUUGCCUUGGUCAUGUCCCUCCUCUACUUUUCGCCCUACCGCUACAUUCCAAGAAAGCUGAAAAGCUGGAACGAGGUCCUGGCUGUCCUCUUCUUUUCGGCAGCAGUGGCGGUCAACAUCGGUCUGAACAACUUCAGUAUGUCCCUACUGCCAGUAUCUCUAAACCUGGUCAUUAGGUCUUGUAUUCCACUGGUUACUUUGAUGCUACAGCAAUUGGCGAAGCAAUUCAACCUCCUGAGUGCGAACCAGGUUGGUGUUUUGGACGUCAGUUUGAUGGUGGGAGGUGUUGUUUGCGCGGCGGUCAGCGCACUGGCAGAAAGUGCAAAUUCGGAGAAUGGGCCAGCACCUCACCUGAUGCUGGGUGUUCUGAUGUGCUCUCUUGGUGACAUUGCUGCCGCCAUGACUCUGAUUUUGGCGUCAGCGUUUGGGAAUACGCUGGACCCACCGUUAAAUCCGUUGGACACGAUAUUCUACAUGGCCUUGCCUUGCGCUUUGACGCUGCUACCGGCAUCCUUGUACGCAUCCCAUCCGGUUGAUUGGCCCAACUUUGGCGUGCUGACCGACUGGGAGGUCUAUCAAAAAGUUCAUGUACUCAACCCGGGCACUAUCUUUCUGGUGAUCGCUUCGGGCAUCGUUUCCGCCGGCUACAACUUCAUCCAGUAUACUGUUGUGCAGACUUUAUCUGCAAGCCAUGCGGCCUUUGCGGGCAACUUCAACAAAGCCGCUACCAUCUCACUGUCAAUUUGCUUAGGUUUGGAGACGCUGCCAGGAGGUAAAUGGAAGUAUAUCAUGCUUCUAGGAAUAGUUGGAAACAUCCUGGCCUUCACAACAUGGAGCUACCUACAGGCAAAACUUAAGGAGAAGACCCAGGAAGGGAAAAGCCCUUCCUAA